GUUUCCUCUUGACUGCAGCAACAAUGACCGACACUUCGAUCGACAAGUCGUCUGAGACGGAGCAGCGAGAGGGCAUGUGGCAGCUAUUCGUUCGUGGCGUUCGCGAUAAUACGGUGACUAUCGACGUGCACGAGGAUUCAACAGUGCAUGAUUUUAUGGUGUUAUGUCAAAAGAAGACAGGAGUGCCUCCUAAUGAGCAAAGGAUUAUUCAUGCUGGCAAACAACUUGAGGCAACAGGAGGCAAGAGGCUAAAAGAUUACCAUGCUACAGGACUAAAAAACAAGUCAACUCUCUUUAUGGUGCUUCGUCUUCCUGGUGGCUCUGAUUCUCUGCCUCCCACUGCAAAAGUCUUGGAUGAUGGUGUUCAGCUGACAGAUGAACCCGACAUGAUCACAUGGGAUGAAGAUCCGGAUGGCCAGCGAGCUAAGAUGUCAUGUGGUCAUGCAAUUGGUCCAGAGUCUUUGACGGCAUAUUGCCGAAGUUUGCUGACCAGUGGCAAGUAUCGCUUUAUUUGUCCUUAUGUGUCACCAGAUUUAAGCCAGCAUUGCAAUAAGGAAUGGGCUUAUGUUGACGUGAGACGUUUAGCUGUGCUAACCAAGGACGAGCAACGUGAGUUUGAAAUCAAGAUAUCAGAGAACUACCUUCGUAAAGCCAUGGGAAUCCAGGAAUGUCCAAAGUGUCACUCAUUAUGUGAGAGAAAAAAUACGAAAGAUCGUCGUAUUGUCUGUAUUCUCUGUUCACGUGAGCCUGGUGUGACACAGCAGUAUGAGUUUUGUUGGUGUUGCUUGCAUGAAUGGAUCAAUAAGAGGAGCGUCACUGAAUGUGGUAAUGCAGAAUGCAAUGGAAAAGAUCCACGUCUUCGCAUUCUUCAAGAGGCGUCUGAAAAGGAGGUGGUAGGUGUCAAAUGUCCAUCAGUGCGAGCAUGUCCUGCAUGUGGCAUGAUGAUUGAACACACAGAAAGAUGCAAGCACAUGACUUGUCUGUGUAAUACCGAGUUCUGCUUUAUCUGCCUGAAAAAGAGGGAGGGUGGCCAAUGGAAGUGUGGAUCAUUCAAUACCAAAUGCACACCUGCAGCAAGGCAAACAACAAUACCAGGCGCUUGAGGUUUUUUAUUGAACUCAAGCUGUCGUGUGAAACCUGCCUGAUUAAAUUGCAGGAAGGUGGACUCUGAAUGUGUUGUUGCUGCCUAUGGUUAGUUAGCAUGCUCUGUUGUUUGGUAAAUUGAAGGCUUUGUGCAGUAUGCUUUUGCUGGGGUGCCGUAUUUUGUGCUUUACCUCAUUUAUAAUAAACAAGUCAAAGCAUUGUGUUGCAUCAUUCAGUUAAUAAA